AUGCCUCCACACAAGGGCCUCACCCCACAAACUAAGCGACCUGUUCCUCCUGGAUGGACAUAUGGUGGUAUCGAUGAUUCGUGGGACUACGCUGGAAGUAUAGGUCCGGCUGUCGCAAAGUCUUUUGGUCUUGGUCCAGUACAGCCAAUUCUGGAGGAUAAAUAUGGCAUACCACAGAUUAUUCAAUCUGGCGACAAGUCCUUCUGGUAG